ACUUUCAACAUUUUCAAAUAUAAAAAUUCAUUCAUUCUUUUUCGCUGUUCGAUCGAGCAUUUGGUGUGUUUGUGCGUUCUUAUUUUUUUUCUUCUUUCUCUCUUUUUAUAUAUAAUUGGCUACCAUAUCAAGAACUUAUAUUUGAUUUUGCACUCAUCGAAUCCAAACAAAAAGUUUUUUUUUGCUCUCUUUUGGUGCUGCAAUUGAGUGCAGAGGGAGAGAGGGAAAGUAUUUAUUUGGCUGAGUUGGCGUGUAAUUUAUUUUAUUGAUUUAUUCGGGUGUCAUUUGGUAAUUGAACGGUGAACUUCGAUGGAAUUACGAGAAAUGAAGUAGAAAAAAAAAAUUAAAAACGAACAAGUGGCGAUUUGCGAAAAAAAAAUAUAUAGAAAAGAAUGAGAAAAAAAUAAGCGAGCAUAAUUGUGUCGGCACAAGUGUUUGAUUUAAUUCGAAAAAUAUUGGUGAAGUUGACUCAGAAAUUAUACAUUGAAUAGAGCAAUUACAUGGAAAGACGUCUUUUGACAAGAAAUAUCAAUUAAAAGUUCAUUUCAUUUAAUGCAUUAAGUUUGAAGGGGACAAAAACAGCAGCAGUGACUAGUGGCAGUGGCAGUGGCAGAGGCAGUGGAAGUGGUCGCAGCAGUACAAAUAGCAACGUUGUGCAGUAAAUGAAUUGAAAUUACCAUGCAUAAAUCUGACAGAGAAAUUACUUGCCGCUUUGGCAUCGAGUUUGGUCUUAAGAGGAGUUUAAUCCGCCUUGGCCUUAUUUUACUUGUCUUUUCAAUGUUACAACGGCCAUCAGUCGUUCAAUGUGCAUUCCCAUUCCAUUUGCCGGUUAAACAUGAGGAUGAUAUGCCAAACAAAUUGGAUAAUAGACAGAAUCGACUGCAAGUGAACAUUGGUCCAUGCAAGUGGAUUUUUAACGAAAAGUGCCCAAAUUUGGAUAUAAAAUUUUAUUUGUAUACACGAAAAAAUCCACAAGAUCGCCAAUUGAUUCAUAUCGACGAAACAUGGGAAAAGUCCAAUUUAUCUGACUCGAAUUUCAAUCCAAACGAUGCAAGCAAAAUCAUUUUGCAUGGUUAUAACAGCGAUAUGUUUCUGACACCGCUCAUUCAAAUGAAAGGAGAAUAUUUUGACAGAGGUAAUUACAAUUUGUUCUUCGUGGACUGGUCUGAGCUGGCAAGGGCGCCUUGUUAUCCGAGCGCCGCAUAUAACACAAAAUAUGCUGGAAAAUGUAUUGGUCAAUUAGUCAAUCGAAUUCAUGACGGUGGUUCAGAGAACAUCCACAUCAUUGGGUUUAGUUUAGGGGCACACGUUGCAGGAUUUGCUGCCAAUGAAGCGAAAGAUUUCAAGGUACGACGAAUCACCGCUUUGGAUCCAGCAUUGCCGCUCUUUAUAAAUGCAGCACCGGCCGAUAAGCUGGAUGCCAGUGAUGCCGAAUUUGUCGAUGUAUAUCACAGUAAUGCAUUGGUACAGGGCCAGGUGGAACGUUGCGGCAGCGUAGAUUUCUAUAUGAACGGUGGUAUAUUGCAACCGGGUUGCUUUUCCUUUGGAUCAAAUCCAUUUGCGUGUUCCCAUCACCGGGCAGCUGACUACUUUACCGAAUCGAUACAAAGUGAUCGUGGAUUUUGGGGUUGGCCGUGUAAUUCCUAUAUAAACUAUUUGCUUGGCAUGUGUCCACGGUCAAAUGAAUUGCAUUUGGGUGGCGAAGAUUGCCGUGAAAGUUCAAGAGGAAUGUUUUUGAUCACAACAAAUAGUGAAUCACCGUUUGCAUCUGGACAAUGGACAGUACAACCAACAUCAAAGUAUCCAACGAAUGGACGACGUGAUCCAUUCUUGGAGCGUAUCGAUGAGUAUGGAAAGCUUGAAAGUGCUUUUAAUUUUGCAAAUAGUUACCACAAAUUAUCGACACCAUUACCGUCGUCAACGUUACCGGCUGCUGCUUCUGCUGCUACGACAACAACAUCAACCGCCAACCACUUUCACUCAUACGAACCUCUAACCAACCAAAUAAAUCAAAACGGGUAUGAAACCACAAUAAAUAACAACUACAAUAACAACUUGGAUGUUGAUAAAUCGCGAUUCGACCUGUAUGACGACGAUCUUAAAUUGGGUUCAACAACUGAAAGAUGGCGACAAAAUGAUAAAUUCAUUCUGGUUGAAAAUCCGCUUGCAUUGGCUCUUAAUCGCACAAUGCCAGAGCUGUCGUCGUCGUCGUCGUCUUUGGCGAUAUUGCAUCACUAUCAUCAUCAGCAGCAGCAGAAACAGCAGCAGAAACAGCAGCAGCAACAGCAGUCAGGUUCGAGCGAUGAAUUUCAAUUUCCAAAGGUCACGUAUCGCUAAAGUAAUCAAGAUUUAACGUACCACACCAUUUGAUACGAAUCAAUGACGACCAACCAAUCACGCUCUUCCAUAUAUCGGGGAAGCGAUCUGUUUAAAAUGUAAAACAAAAUGAAAAAUAAAGAAAAAUUCUAUUUAUUAAUCAUAGACAUAGCGCUAUAGUUAAAAAGAAAAUGAAAGAAAUAAAUGAAUCGUCGCCGUCGAAGAAGAAGAUAAUAAAUUAAAAUGAAA